GGACGACGAGGAUUGAAGCGAAACGGAGCCACAAUUUAAAAACCCACCACGUAGCACAUUGAGAGAGAGAGAGAGAGAGAGAGAGAGAGGGAGGGAGCGCUUUGCUUUAUCUCUGUGUGUUCCUCUUUCAUGGAGAUCAUGUGUUAUUAGGGGCCAGCCCCUGCAAUGAUAGCCAGCCCCAGCCUUCAAUUAAACAAAAGAAGAAGAAGAAAAAAAAAACCCAUCGAAGUUUCCUUGCAAGUUAUUCAAAGGAACCACCCCCUAAAGACAGGCCACCACCCAAGAGCAAAAGCCAUAACCACUGCCUCCCAUUAACUGAAAGUCCCUCAUCGAAUCUCAACCCACUUGCUCUUCUUCAGAUACCGAGCCUCUAAAUCUCUCAGCGACCCUCCAUCCUCGAAGGCGUCUCUCUUAGUUGUUAAAAUCGUUCCCCUGUUUCAAGGAAAUGGGGAAUGAUUCAGCUGAGAACGGGACCGAAGUGGGGGAGAGUACAGGGAGCAAUUUGGGCACAGAGGCUUCGUCGAGCGAAGAGAAGCACAGGUGCGAAAAUUCCGAGGAAACCUCAGAGGAGGCAGCGGCGUUGGGCUGGCCGACGUCCGAGAAUUCGGGUCCGUGUUUGGUAAUCGACGAUGAGGAAACCCAUUUGGAAGAAGGGAAGACGGAUAAGCCUAAGCCCAAUGUUUCAGACAUUGAGAUGAUGAAGGAAAGAUUUUCAAAAUUGUUGCUUGGUGAAGAUAUGUCGGGGUGUGGAAAAGGCGUAUGCACUGCAUUGGCAAUUUCAAAUGCCAUUACUAACCUCUGUGCCACAAUCUUUGGCCAACUUUGGAGGCUAGAGCCUCUACCUCCGGAAAAGAAAUCCAUGUGGCAGAGAGAGAUGGAUUGGCUCCUCUGUGUUAGUGAUCAUAUAGUUGAACUUACACCCUCUUGGCAAACUUUUCCUGAUGGGAGCAAGCUUGAGGUUAUGACAUGUAGGCAUCGUUCGGAUCUUUUUAUCAAUCUCCCUGCAUUGCGAAAAUUAGACCAUAUGCUCCUUGAAAUAUCGGAUAGUUUUCAUGAUCAGGAAUUUUGGUAUGUUGAUCAAGGGAUAUUAGCACAAGAAACCGAUGGCUCAGCCUCUUUCAGGAUGCAGUUUCAACGUCAAGAGGAGAAAUGGUGGCUGCCCGUACCCCAUGUUCCUGCUGGAGGCCUUCAAGAGACCUCAAGAAAGCAACUACAGCACAAACGCGAAUGCACAAACCAAAUCUUGAAGGCCGCAAUGGCCAUUAACAGCAACGCUUUAGCUGAAAUGGAAGUGCCAGGGUCCUUUAUUGACUCAUUACCUAAGAAUGCAAGAGAAAGCCUAGGUGAUGUAAUUUACAAAUACAUUACCUCUGAUCAGUUCUCCCCUGAGUGCCUCCUAGAUUGCCUUGAGUUCUCCUCUGAGCACCAAGCUCUAGAGAUAGCCAAUCGUGUAGAGGAGUCCCUUUAUAUAUGGCGUCGAAGAACAACAGCGAAGUCUAAAACCAAUGCAUAGAAAAGGGAGUUGUUGGCUGAUAGAGCUGAGAGUCUCUUAAUAUGCCUGAAGCAGAGAUUUCCUGGCCUAACACAAACCACAUUGGACAUGUGCAAAAUUCAAUUCAACAAGGAUAUUGGGAAAUCGAUUCUAGAAAGUUAUUCCAGAGUCUUGGAGAGCCUUGCAUUCAACAUUGCUGCUCGAAUCGAUGAUCUCCUAUAUGUUGAUGACUUGACUAAGCAUUCUGAUCAGAAAAAUGCCACGAUCCCUUAUUCAAUUUCAGUCUCUAGCACUCCUUAUGCUACUGCUUAUGGAACUCCAAGCUUCUCACCAGUGCCAUUGAUUAGCCUAGCUCGGGGAGAGAAAACCCCUUUCAGCAUCAGAAAAGGUCAUAAUCAGGGAUUUAGUGUGAAGAAAGUUUUGUCAGACUAUCUAAAUGGCGAGACGAGAGGGAGAAAUGAUAGCACUGUUAUCAACAUUUCAGCCCCGAUCCCAAGAAUGAACGAGUCAUAAUUCAUCGAGCUCAAAGUAAGAUCAGCCCCUAACAUGUACAUGACGUUUGUAAGAAGCUCAUAACCUACUAUUUUGACCUAUUAAGCCCCUACAGAUACCAUUUCCAGUCUAUUGAGUCCCUCAGACAACAAUGCUUUAGCUAUGUGUAGGGCAGAGAAACUCCACGAAUGCUUAAUAGACUGGAAAUGAUAAGUAGGACUUAGCGCUGUUUCAAUAAUAUGUUAUGGGCUUCUUAAAAAUGUUAGGUAAAUGUCAGGCCUGAUCUCACUUUGGGUUUCGAUUCAUCCGCAUCUGGAAAUGUAGAAGAAGAUCGGCCCGGAGCUUACCUGACUGCUUACUGAUUUGUGAAAUGUUAGUAGUUUCUGUGAUUUGGAAUGAGUGCUAGUGUGAUGACAUGAUGAUGAUUUUUUUUUUCUUUUUUGGAAUUUUAUACAGAAAUGUUUCCACAAGUUACUGAAUCA